AAUCCCGGCGGUCUCCUAGCAACGCGAGGGGGUGGUCAAGUGACACAACCACCUGACUGCGGUAGAAGAAGACGCUGUGGGUGGGUCUGUGGCAACCACGACUGCCCGACCGGGAACCGAAGCCGAACAAUCAUCGUCAGAAUGUCGGGCAAAGAUCGAAUUGAAAUCUUUCCCUCGCGAAUGGCGCAGACCAUCAUGAAGGCUCGAUUAAAAGGAGCACAGACAGGUCGAAACCUCCUGAAGAAAAAAUCUGAUGCCCUAACUCUUCGAUUUCGACAGAUCCUAAAGAAGAUCAUAGAGACUAAAAUGCUGAUGGGUGAAGUGAUGAGAGAAGCUGCCUUUUCACUUGCUGAGGCCAAAUUCACAGCAGGGGACUUCAGCACCACAGUUAUCCAAAAUGUGAAUAAAGCCCAAGUGAAGAUUCGAGCAAAGAAAGAUAAUGUAGCAGGUGUUACCUUGCCAAUAUUUGAACAUUACCAUGAAGGAACUGACAGUUAUGAACUCACUGGUUUAGCCAGAGGUGGGGAACAACUGGCUAAAUUAAAGAGGAACUAUGCCAAAGCAGUGGAGCUACUGGUGGAACUCGCCUCGCUGCAGACUUCCUUUGUUACUUUGGAUGAAGCUAUUAAGAUAACCAACAGGCGUGUAAAUGCCAUUGAACAUGUCAUCAUUCCCAGGAUUGAACGCACCCUUGCUUAUAUCAUUGCAGAGCUGGAUGAGAGAGAGCGAGAAGAAUUCUAUAGGUUAAAGAAAAUACAGGAGAAGAAAAAGAUUCUCAAGGAAAAAACUGAGAGGGAAUUGGAGAAACGGAAGGUAGCUGGGGAGGUGACGGAGCCUGCCAAUCUUCUGGCUGAAGAGAAGGAUGAGGAUCUUCUGUUUGAGUAAUCUUGCCUGCUCUGGUUCUUCUUGCCUGCUCUGGUUCUUUCAGAAGUCCUGACGUGACAUCAUUUUAGUUCAGUGUGUAGGUUUGGUUCGUGUGGUUGUUUAUUUUUUGGUCUAAUUUCACUGGUUGUAAAACUUACCUGGAUGUCCAUUUAUGGGUUACUUUUGCAGAAUCCUAAUUUACCAACCAUUGAUCACAAAUGAGAUUUAGAGAACCUGCCUAGGAACUUGUAGAAUUUAUUCUGCAGAAGUGUCACCCUACCCCAAUUAUAAAUGGUUACAAGUGAUCGGCUUACCAAGCAUAUUAGGAAAUUCCCCUUAGGAACCAGUGGUCUCAGGCCAAUACAAGGAGGCCAGCUACUGUAGGAGCACCCUCCAUUCCUACCCACCCACACCCCUGGCGCUGCUGACAUAGCUGCAGCCAUCCUGUGUUUCUGUGGUAAUUCUCCAGCUCUAUGAAAUCCUUCCCUAAAUUUACCUUGCAUGACAGGUCUCUGUUUGUUCUCUCUGUCAUGGAACAGUUGUGCCAAUUUGCAUGUGACUGUGGUAUAAACAGUAAAAUGAUUAAAAAUGAGUUGCUCAUUUUUAAAAAAGAAAUUAAGGAAACAGAACUUAAUAUCUGUGCUGGUAGGGAGUAUUCCUCUAUGGUGAAGAAUAAGUUAAAAGAUGUGUGUGUUUCACCCAGAGGUUCCAAUGGACUGACUUCUGGCACAAAUGUAAAGACAGGAUGGUCGUUACAUAUGCUGAAACCUUAAAUGGCAGAGGAUAUAAAUAAAGCAAAAAAAAAAAAGUACUUGGUGGCUUUUUUUAUUUGAAAUAUAAUUUUACUUUUUAUUUUUACAAUACAGUGUGCAGUAUAACAUCUCAAAAUAAUAGAGUGCAGAUACAGGACAAGAGUACAAAGGAGGAUUAACAAUGUCAGAAAGGUCACCUUAUUAAGGCUAAAUCCCUGGUUCAUAUUUUCACACAUUCAUAAAAUUACAUUCAAAUUAUUCCUUAUUGAUACUUAUUCCUUAUGCCAUGAGAAAAGGGAAAAAAAUCCAGACAUUAGAUUUUCAUUGAUAGCAAAUCUGGAUUAGUCUAAAUACUGUUCUCCUUUUCGUUUGUUCUGACUUAAGAUUUACUAAAGGGAGAUAUUUCCUUAUUUGAACUAGCACGUGCAUUUUAUUAGCUAUUGGUAUCAUUCCUAUAAGUGGUUAAGACCUCCCCCAGUCUGGGGUCUCCAAUCAGAACCACAGGGGGCAGGAAAUGGAACUGGCCACAGUGGCUAGGUGUACAGCAAGGGUUGUUUCCAUUUUCCUUCAAGGAAGUUAGCAACAACUCAGUGUUCACUUUGCUUAGGGACUGUGUUAACUAUCAGCACAUCCAUAUCACUGGGAGAAGCGUUUCUAUACCUCUACCAUUGCUGAUAAGGAAAGAACUGUAAGACUUCAUUGACCCCCAAAAUAUCUCGUCACUUUAGACUUCCUAAAGCAUACUAUGGGAUGGCAUGUAUUCUGGUUUGGGAUUUGCUUGUUAAAGCCAUAUCUGAGUCUUGCUAGCACAUGGCAUAUGUGGAUCAAUGGUCUGCAGAUUAACUCAGGGAAUGGAACAGCCACUGACGGACACUACCUGAAAUCUCAUUCUAACGCAAUUCAAGCUGCCAACAUUUUAAUUCUUAGGGUUAAAAACAGUUGUCAGUUAUGAUAAGCACCUCACAAAACUCCACUGUCUACCACUGACUGCCUUUCAUUUCCGAGGAGAAAAACUGAGACUGAGAAGAUGAAGUGCUUAUAUUCCUUGGCUUCCAAUGCUAAACAUCAGUGUGAGCUUUGCAUUUCCUGCUAUAAACUUGGAGUGUUUCAGACCUGAAGAGAUGGUGUGUAUGGAAUUCCUUCUCUUAACCCAGGAUGUUUCUUCCUAAUGAACAUCUUGAAUUUCCACAUAAGACACACACUGCAGCCACUUCAACACCAUGCAAAUUUGAACAGAAAAAGGCAACGUAUAAACUGUACAUUUGUUCAAAUAAAAGUAUGUAGACAAAAAAUCAAAUAUACAUAUGACACAAACUACCCAUUAAAAACUGCUUACAUUAAAUUAAGUGACAAUUCAAUAUUAUUCCAGUGUUUAGCUUUGAGAACAGGAAAUGUAGCUAAAGUCAUCACAAAAAUAAAACAACAUUCACAUUUGAGGUUGGUUGUCACACAUCACACCAUCCCUAAAGGCUUGAAAAGACUACAAAUCAACUUUCCAUGCCAGUGUGAAAAUCCCCUUAGUUUAAACAUUUAUGAUUUAACAAGCUAUUGCAUUAUGGUCCUAAGAGACAGAUGUUGUUAGGACAAAGGCCUCUAUAUAUGUUUAACUUCCCCCACCCCCACCCAUGUUCCUUUCCUUAAAAUGUCAAA